AGAGGCAAGGGCAGGCGAGGGACUACAGCUCCCAGGCGCCCUUGCGUGCGAAUGCCCACCUCCCCUGGUGGAAUUUCCCCUCCCCCACCCGAAGAGGGGGGGGAUCAAAAGUUCAAAGGGAGAUAACAGCCCGCUUGUUUAAAAAUAAAUAAAUAAAUAAAAGACUGGGCAUCGCAGUCCUCGUUUCUCCCCCCCUCCUCCUCCCGGUCGCAAAGGCCUCUGGGAAAUGUAGUUCGUUCUAAGCCGGAGUCACUAUGGCGGACGGCUUAGAUUCCGCUGCUGCGGCUGCAGGGGAAGGUGCUGGAAGCCCCCCCUCAGGAUCUGUGGAAGUAGAACAGAAGUUCCUCUUUGGGCCUGGCACCGAGGAGAAGCUGGUGGCCCAGGGGGCAGCUCUGGUAGGAAACGUCUCCUUCCGGGACCAGUACUUCGACACGCCCGACUGGCGCCUCACUCUGGCCGACCACUGGCUACGGAAGCGAGAGGGAGCUGGCUGGGAGCUGAAAUGUCCCCCACCGGAGUGUACUGGCAUUUCAAACCCGGCCACAGAAAACCAGAGCCCGCGGGGCCUUCCACAGGUGCCUGCCAGAGCUCUCCGAGGGGGAACCAGCAGGAUAGACUGUGCUACGCGAUACCAGGAAGUGACGUGCCCCCACAAUAUCGUGGCCCGUGUCUGUGGUCUCCUGGGCGUGGAGUCGGCAGCAAGGUUGGACGACGAUGUGGCCAGAACGGUGGAGGAACUCGGCCUGGAGGAGUUUGCCACCUUUGUGACCCAUCGGCGCAAAUAUCACGUGGACGGACUGAGCGUGGACCUCGAUGAGGCGGAUUUCGGCUAUGCCGUGGGAGAGGUGGAGGCUGUGGUCACGAAGCAGGAGGACGUGCCGGUGGUUUUGAAGAGGAUACAGGAGGUGUUUAGACAGCUGGGUUUUGAGGAGAAAACCAAAAUUCCUGGAAAGAUGUCCGUUUACCUGAAGAAAUUCAGACCUGCGCACUAUGAGAGCCUCGUUCGAGCCGGGAGGUUGUUGAAAGUGAGGGAUAUCGCAACUGUGCAAGGACAGAAAGACUGAACCCAAUGUCCUGGGAGGGGGAAUAUGGCUCCUGUCUCUCCAUCGUGGUGGAUUCUGCUUUAGUUUCAUCCUCAGGAGAAAGCAAGGAUGAGUUCAUGUGAAGGAAACAGAGAAGCUCCCGUGGGUCCUAUUGGCCUGGCCUUUGGGUGACAUCACAGCAGUUCAACCAAUCGCUGGAAGUUGGGGGGUAGUAAGCCAGGCGAUAGCUAGUUUGAGACCAGUUAGAUCAGCGGUUCUCAACCUGUGGGUCGCGACCCCUUUGGGGGUCGAACGGCCCUUUCACAGGGGUCGCCUGAGACUCUCUGCAUCAGUGUUCUCCCUAUGUGAAAUGGAUAAAUGUUAGGGUUGGGGGUCGCCACAACAUGAGGAACUGUAUUAAAAGGGUCGCGGCUUUAGGAAGGUUGAGAACCACUGAGUUAGAUAAAAAUAAAAUUGCGGAGAAGAAGAACACGGGGAAAAUUUGUUCACACUUUAUUUAUUUAUUUAUUCUCCAGGUCAUUCAACAGGAGUGACGGUAGCAAAUUAAAAAGUGGGGUGCGGGGGGGAAACACUGAAAUAAAAGUAAUGGUAUUGUUUCUUCACUUAA